AUGUAUGUCAUGAUUAGCACAAGACCUGAGCUCUCUUUUGCAAUCUCCCUCCUAAGUAUAUUCAUGUCAAACCCUGGUUUUGAACAUUGGCUUGCCCUUAAAAGGCUGCUUAGGUACAUUAAUAGCUCCUUGAAUGUUGGUUUGGAAUAUUGUAAAAGAUAUGACUCACUUGAUCUUGUAGGCUUUGUAGAUUCUGAUUUUGCAGGUGACAAAAAUACAAAGAAGUCAACCACAACAUACUUCUUUACUUUGGGAGGAAAUUGUGUGAGUUGGAAGUCUCAGCUUCAACCAAUUGUUGCUCUAUCCUCAACUGAGGUUGAGUAUGUGACUGUGGCUGACAUCUUCAAAGAGGCUUUAUGGCUUCAAGGGUUGUUAACAAAGGUUGAGCUACUUGAUAGGGCAGUCACUAUCUAUUCAGACAAACAAAGUGUCAUACAUUUGAGCAAAAAUCUAGUCUACCACGAAAGGACCGAGCAUGUAGAUGUGAGAUAUCAUUUUGUGAGAGAUCUUGUGGAUAAAUGUGUGAUCAAUCUGAAAAAGGUGGCAACAGAAGACAAUCCUGCAGAUAUGGGAACAAAAGUGGUCACCCCAACUAAGUUCAAGCACUGCUUGAACCUGCUGCAUGUCAAGUGA